AUGCCCUCGAAACAAUCGGUAAAGACUGGGCCCCACACUAAGCCAGAUUUCAAUAAAUUGGAUUACACAUACUAUACAAACAAGUCAUUCACUCGGUCGGAAUGGAAUAAUUAUAUCGCAUUGGUCUCUAAUUUGAAACUGCAUCAUACUGAUGAAUCCUACGUACAGGCAAAUAACGAUUUCAUUCACCACCGUGGUGGUGGUCACUCACUGGAUAACCCGCUGGGAAAUGAAACUACAGGCGAGGAAAAUACAAGCGUUGUCAAUACAAAUCUCAAAUUAUUGAAGUUAUUGUUAAAUUACUUCAUUUUCCAUUCCAUGGAAAACGCUUCUGUCAAAUUGGCUAAAGAAUUACAGAUCAUAGAAUCCAACUCAGACAUCAAACAAUUCGACGAGUUCUUCAAAAUAUCCAUCAGGUUCAACAUCGUCAAGUUGAUCAAACUGGGCAAGAUCAACCAGGCGUUAUUAGAGAUUAAUAACCAUUUCGGCAUCCAAUUCCUAGACAUCCUCUAUUCUUCUUCGUCCCCCACAUCCUCCAUUGCCACGGAUCCCUCGUAUGCCAAUCAAAAUGAUGACUUGCAUUUCAAGUUAUUACUGUUGAAUUUAAUAGAAAUGAUCAAGGAACACCACACGCAGGAGAAUUCCCCGGAUAAUACUCAAUUCAUCAUGGAUUUGAUCCAUUAUGCUCAAACGAAAUUGGCUUCAAAGGCAACGAUGAAUCAAGCAUACAUGAAACAAUUGGAAUUAGUCAUCACUCUCUUGUUAUUCCCCUCUCCAAGAGACGUCCUGCCAACACCGCUGCAAAACCUGUACUCCAUAAAACUUAGAUCUCAAAUCGCAAACUUGGUCAAUAAAAAAUUACUUGCCUUUAUUUAUUCCAAUUCUCAUAAUAAUAGAAAUAAUAAAUUCAUCAACUAUAAAGAUUUACUUCUUUUGAAUUCCAAUGAUUUGAAAUACAAAAAUUUGUCCUACAGCAACAUUCUCGAGCAAUCCACACAUCACAAUCACCCUCCGUCUUCUUCGUCAAUUGAUGAUUCCGCCUCGGAAUUCCAUAAAAAUUUAUCCACAGAUCAUCUCAACCCUUUGAAAGAUACCCAUCCAAAUCUAUACACUUCAAAUCAAUCGUUAAAUGAGGAUAUCGAUAAUAACCUAUCCAAACGAUCUCAUUGGAAUAAUACUUCGAAAUUCAUCCAAUCCAACUCCAAUCCAGAAUCACAAUCAGAACCAAAAUCUUUAAAUGCUAUAGAUAAUGACGCCAAUUUGAUCCAAUUGGUCAAAAUCUGGGCGUGGUGUGAAAACGAAUUGCAUCAGAAUGAUAUAGGUAUUCCUCGUAUCAAUUCUACAUAA